AGUUUCGUCGCUCCAGGUGAAGGCGUUUCGUUGUUUUUUAUUUUACUUUUUUUUAGGUAUAGUUCAACGUUUUAGAUUUUAGACGGAACAGACAAGUGUGUUUAGUUUUGCGGUGAGUGUCGGAGGACAGAUUUUACAUUUAGACGCUGUCGCCUCUGAUGCUAAUUGAUUAGCUCGCCCAUUAGCCGAGGACUGGCGGCUCCGUGCUGGACGUUUCUGGAAGGUGGCCGCGAAUCGUUUUCAUGUGAAACCUCGGGGCCUGUUUGGACUUUUUAAUGGGAGGCGGGUUGCUGUGGAGUGGACUGUUGCUUAGAAGGCAGCGUUCCCGGCUCGCUGUCAGGCUCACAUGGAGUCUCUGGCCGGCUACGUGUACAAGGCAGCCAGCGAGGGCCGCGUCCUGACGCUGGCCGCGCUGCUGCUCAACCAGCCCGAGGUCGAGACCCGCUUCUUACUCAGUUAUGUCACCCAGGUGGCCGGACAGAAAUCCACCCCUCUCAUCAUCGCUGCCAGGAACGGACACGACAAGGUGGUCCGGCUGCUGCUGGAUCACUACCGAGUGGAUACGGAACAAACCGGCACCAUUCGGUUUGACGGCUACGUCAUCGACGGGGCCACGGCACUCUGGUGUGCAGCUGGAGCAGGACACUUUGAGGUGGUGCGUCUUCUGGUGAGCCAUCAUGCUAAUGUCAACCACACCACAAUCACCAACUCCACCCCGCUGCGGGCCGCCUGCUUCGAUGGACGUCUCGAUAUCGUCCGCUACCUGGUGGAACACAAUGCAGACAUCAGCAUCACCAACAAGUACAACAACACCUGCCUGAUGAUUGCUGCUUACAAGGGACACACGGACGUUGUAAAAUUCCUGUUGCAGCAGGGGGCGGACUCCAAUGCCAAGGCCCACUGUGGUGCCACGGCCCUGCACUUUGCAGCUGAGGCGGGUCAUCUCGACAUCGUGAAAGAGCUUGUGCAGUGUCAGGCGGCCAUGGUAGUGAACGGACACGGAAUGACGCCGUUAAAUGUUGCAGCUGAGAGCUGUAAAGCUGAUGUGGUGGAGUUACUGCUGGUUCAUGUGGACUGUGAGCUGCACAGCCGGAUCGAAGCCUUGGAGCUACUGGGCGCGUCAUUUGCCAACGAUCGGGAGAACUAUGACAUCCAGAAGUCUUACCACUACUUGUACAUGGCGAUGAUGGAACGCUACCGCAACCCAGACAUCAUCAUCACCAAGGAGCUUCAGCCAGCCAUUGAGGCCUACGGGGGGCGGAGCGAGUGCAGAACACUCCAGGAGUUGGAGGCUAUCCAGGUGGACAGGGAUGCUCUGCACAUGGAGGGACUGAUGAUCCGGGAGCGCAUUCUGGGCUCAGACAACAUUGACGUGUCACAUCCCAUUAUCUACCGUGGUGCAGUCUAUGCAGAUAACAUGGAGUUUGAACAGUGCAUCAGGUUGUGGCUUCACGCACUUCGUCUGCGUCAAAGAGGAAACCGCAAUACGCACAAGGACCUUCUGCGCUUUGCUCAAGUUUUUUCCCAGAUGGUCCACCUGAAGGAGCAGGUGUCUGCCACAGCUGUUGAGCAGGUGCUGAGCUGCAGUGUGUUGGAGAUUCAGCGCAGCAUAGGUCGCGUAGAGGUGGCGACUGAAGCUGAGCUGCCACAGGCCAUGGACAAUUACGAGUCCAACAUCUUCACCUUCCUAUACCUGACGUGCAUCUCCACUAAGACUGUCUGUGACGAAGAGGCGCGCGCCCAGAUCAACAAGCACAUUUACGACCUGAUUCAACUGGACCCGCGGUCACGUGAGGGUUCUUCGCUGCUCCACUUGGCCAUCAGCUCCAGCACACCGGUGGACGACUUCCACACCAAUGAUGUUUGCAACUUUCCCAACGCCCAGGUCACCAAGCUGCUGCUGGACUGCGGCGCCCAGGUCAACGCCAUCGACCAUGAAGGCAACACGCCGCUGCACGUCAUCGUUCAGUACAACCGACCAAUAAGUGACUUCCUCACACUACACGCCAUCAUCAUCAACCUCGUGGAGGCCGGCGCCCACACAGACAUGACCAACAAGCAGAAGAAGACGCCCCUGGACAAGAGCACCACUGGUGUGUCAGAGAUCCUGCUGAAGACCCAAAUGAAGAUGAGCCUCAAGUGCCUGGCAGCUCGUGCCGUCCUCCAACACCAGAUCACCUACCGCAACCAGAUCCCCAAAACCCUGGAGGAGUUUGUAGAGUUCCACUAAAACAAAAAUUAAGGGCAGACUUCAUUGUUCUUUUAACGAGAUUCUUAGUUUUCUAACAAAUGCAAACGGUGCUCAGGUGUGAUGUGUUAACUGUGUAAGGGUUAGGAGCAUUUUAUUUAAAACAAAAAAAAAAAACCUAUUAAUUUGCUACGAAUCAUCGCCCUCUGCUGGCAGCUUCAUUCAAAUGAUUGACAGUUCACCAGAAAAGAGGAAUUUCUGCAUAACUCCUUUGCUUCUUCUUUUGCCUUAUCUCCAUGCCAUGAAUCCUUCACAUGACGCCAUAUGUCUGAUCGUCUGCAGUGUGAGCGAGUUAAUCGCACGUGUGUGUGUUUGCAUACGUGUGCGUGUGUGUGUUUGGAUUUCUCCCACAGAUCUGACUUCAAAUGCAGGACUUUGUUUUAUAAACAGGUUUUCACCAGGUUUAGCUAAUCUGUAAUAGAGAAAAUAAAAUCUAACUGCUGGACAGAAGUUAUACUUACGUUUUCUGGAAUUCAUAUUUUAAAAGAACUUUGUAUUUGGGUGGUCUUGUACAAUUGUUUUUCUUUCUUUUUCACCCAAACUGCUAUUUAUAGGACUUCAAACCAUAAACCAGACGUUCAGGAUCUUGGUCAUUUUUGUAACGUGCCUCUGCAGUGACAGUCGUGUCUCAGCCUUUGAAAUUUAGAGAGGCCUGUUAAGAGAGAAAACAAAGGUCCAAGUCCUUAAGGUCCUGGUCUUGUCUGUCUUACUGUGUGGCACUGAGACUUGGACUUUGUAACUCGGUCUCUUCGACGGAACCUUGAGUACUGCUGGAAUGACUUUGUGUCAAAUGAGUGGUUACUUUGGGCAAUUGUCCCCAAUCCUGGUCCUUAAGGACACUGUGACCUGCACAUUUUUUUUGUCUCUGUCAAUCGAGACCUAAUUUGCUUUUGGCAAAGCGGGGAAAGAUGGAAAAUGUGCAGGUCAGGACAGUCCUUGAGGCUCGGCAUCGAUGGCCAUUUAUUUGGGGAGAGAGGUACCAUUUACAUUGUGAAGGAACCUCAGCUAUGACGUUUCGGACACAGAGCGCCCCUCCCUGGUAGACGGCUGCUUUGACGGCGGCGUCGGACGACACCUCGUGUUCUCCCAGACUGUAUCUGAAGGUCUCAAGCUCCCACCUGUUCAUCCUGCCAGACCAGAUUUAGAUAUGGAAGUACAGUUUGUCUGGACUUAAAUGCCAACUUAAUUUUUUUUAAGUGAGGGCGUUUAUACCAGAUGAAUCAGGAAACUGUGUGUGGUGAUUUGAGGAAAUCUUGGGGAAACGUAAGCAGUGUUGUGUAGGUUGUGGUGCCGCGAGGCGGACGGUGGGUUUAAUAACUGCACACUGGAAACUUUAACUCUGACUGAACAGUCUUUGUCCUUCUAACCCCUGAUUGUAUCUGUUUAAAGCUCAGUGUUUGUGGAACCAUUUGAUCACAUGAUUAAACAAAAAAAAACCCUGAAAAGUGGCGAUAUUGUGCUGCUCAGAUAUGAAUUUAAGUUUUAUUUAAUGUUUUAAUUUUUUUUAAUUUCUUAAGGAGACUUUGAGAACAUUGUCUCUUUUCUCUGGUUUACUGACAUGAACCCAAAGAUUGUUCAUUUGUUGGAAACUUUGACAGACGUCACUUACGUCUCUCCUGUACAACGAAUGCUGUUGAAUUAAAUCCCAGCUUCCUGUAAA